AUGGCGCUACCGGUGCGUGCUAAGCUAACACGACAUCUCCUCAGGUCGUCUAAAAGGUUCUAUCAACUUAACCAAAGGUUUCUCUGCGACGGCGUCACGUCGGAAAAGAAGGAGCCAUCUUCAGGAACCCAACGGGUUUUCUCCGGCAUCCAGCCAACGGGCGUCCCCCACCUGGGCAACUACCUGGGCGCCCUGGAGAACUGGGUGUCCCUCCAGGACCGCUACCCAUCGGUGUUGUACAGUGUGGUGGACCUCCAUGCCAUAACGCAACCCCAGGAUCCCCAGGCGCUCAGGGCCAACACACUAGACAUGGUGGCCAGCCUGCUGGCAUGCGGCGUCGACCCACAAAAGGCUAUCCUCUUCUGCCAGUCACAGGUGCCCGAGCACGCUGAACUGUCAUGGAUCCUCGGAUGCCUGACCAGCAUGCCGCGGCUGCGACACCUGCCACAGUGGAAGAUGAAGAGCAACCAGAGGAAUGAAGGCAGCGUGGGUCUGUACACAUAUCCUGUCCUCCAGGCUGCGGAUAUUCUUCUUUACAAGUCCACGCAUGUGCCCGUCGGCGAGGACCAGAUCCAGCAUCUGGAGCUGGCCCAGGACCUGGCUCGAAUCUUCAACAAACGCUUCGGCGAUGGCUUCUUCCCACAACCCCAAGCUUUGCUGAGCUCCACCCGAAAGGUCAAAUCCCUGCGCGACCCUUCGUCCAAAAUGUCCAAAUCAGACACACAGACCAUGGCGACCAUUUACAUCACAGACUCUCCAGAUGACAUCGCCCUGAAAAUCCGCCGCGCUGUCACCGACUUCACCUCGGAGGUGACGUACCAUCCGGAGACGAGGCCUGGGGUGUCCAACCUGGUCAGCAUCCAUGCCGCUGCCGCCGACAUAGAUGUGGAUGAGGCCGUGUCAAGGGCCCGAGGUUUGGACACGGCGGCAUACAAGAAUGUGGUGGCCGAAGUGGUGGUCCAAAGGCUAGGGCCCAUUCGGGAGCGGUUUGAGCAGCUCAGGGCCGAACAUUCCCACCUACAGGCCGUGUUGGACAAGGGGCGGCGAAAAGCAAGAGAGUUGGCCACGCCCGUGCUACAGGAAGUUAGAAGAUUGGUCGGAUUCUGUUGA